UGAGACGACUAGAGACCAAACGAAGUGUAUCCAAAUGGAACAUCUACCACAUAACCUGAAAACCGCCUUCAUACCUUUUAUAGCAGUGUGAAUCAUUUUAAUAAUCUGUGUCUUUAAAAUUAAUUUCAACAAUGUCUAAAGUCGACUUAGAACUGAAAAAGGCAUUUGCUGAGUUGCAAAUGAAAGCAGUUGAAACAUCGCAAAAACUCAAACUUGCCGAUUUGCAAAUUGAACAAUUAAAGAAGAAUAAAAAGCGAUCAAUACUCACAGACCAGGAAAUCUCAACUUUGGAUCCCUCCUGCAAAAUGUAUGACACAAUAGGUCGUAUGUUCAUGCUAUCACCAAAGGAUCAAAUAAUUUCCGAUCUCAAGAAGGAGCAGGACGCAGCGGAAGAGAAAAUUAAAGGAUUGGAAAAUAGCAAAGCUUUUCUCGAACGUAGCAUGAAAGACGCCGAGAACAACCUUCGCGAAAUGGUGCAGCAGAGAAAAUAGAUUUUAUUUAUUCAUUAUUUACGAUCACACUCAUCAAAUAAAAAUUGAAGUCAUUAUAA